UGCGUAAUAAUAGAGCGCUGCCGACGCGGAAUAAUAAAUGACUUCUGUAUGGGGACUAACAGCCGCGCGAAACGGAAGCAAGGCGCAUGUCGAAGCACGCUCGAUCAUAUCAAAGUGUAGGCCCACUCGGCCGUUUGAAAUUAACAUGUUUGUGGCGGUCGGUGAUACAAAUGCGAUGUCUACGCUGUCGAUGACUCAGCCGAGACUCGCUCCUACGCAUUAAAGACAUUCGCCAUUCAAGGGUAAGGCAUCUCGCAUGGUGAACCAAAUAGACUAUGAGAAAAUCUCCGUGAUUUCUUACAUCGACUCUGUGGUUAGGCUGUUCUCAUGUAUAGCGGACUAGUGCGACCGGGCCACGCGCGUGCACCUUAAGCUUGCUGUCUUUACCGCAUCAUGCCGUCAGUGCAAGACGUACUGGCCCAGCAAGCCCGUGACGAGAGACUCAGCCUUUACAGCUCACCGACCUUCUGCCGGCGUAGUCGGCUGGACAACGAACUCGUCCGCGAGAAGCCGGACGACUUCGGCUGGCUCAGGGCUUUUGAUCCCAAACGGUGCUGCUCAGCCACAUUAUCUAACCCCAGUAUGGCGACCAAAGGGCCUGCCCGACCUUCCUCAGCGUCCUGCGCCACUGGACGCGCACGUAAGCUAUCAGACACGGACUCGGCGUCUCUCAGUGACAAGGACCUGUCUCGUUCGACGCCAGGGACACCGACGAUCGAUGCCAAAUCGCCCACAAUGUACACUCUCCUUUCUCGCCGCCGAAAUCAGCGUCCGGUAUCUUUGGUUAUGGACAACCACAGGUCGCUGAGCAGCCUAGACGUAAACUCGAACGACAACCAGGCUCAAGAGAAAAAGGACUUGAAUGCAUCCACUGGCUCACCGCGCACUAAGUCGUUUCUUGCCGUAGAGCGCAGCGCGGUAGAGAGUCUUAGCAAAAGUUGCGGUGACUUGCGGCACGGUGAUUUAGAAACCCCACCCUUCGCCCGACAGUUUCACCAACGCCCGUCACACGGCCUGCCGGACCCGCUGCGGUGUCCAAGCCAUCUGUCGUUAUGUUCUGUGCAGGUGUCAAGCCCGACCCAGACAGACUCACAUGCCGGGAGUAGGGUGAGCCUUCUGUCCGAGGGAGUGGACUCUUACGAGGGCUUGUACGAAAGAGCCUAUAAGGCCACCUUUGUGCUGGGGUCACAGGAGUUACCUAACGUCAGGGAAAGCAAAGAGGAAAGGGCGAGGAUGGUUCGUGAAUGGCUGGCAAAACAACAGGAGGCUGAAGAAUCCGCCGCCAACGCUAAUGGCUCACCAUCAGUAAAGUCCAAGUCAGAAGUUUUGCUAGAAACAGUGAAAGUUACGCAGACCGAAACUUCUGUUCCAUAAAAACAUGUCUUUUGUGUAAAUAAGUCGACUAUCUGCGUGUCAAAAGUGAACUGGUAGGUUCGGGAUUUUCUAUUUACUUCGUGAGUACUUUGCAUCUCAUCUUAUACUAGGCCUACACCCUUUCUUCACCAGUCACGAAGGCCUGCGCUUAUACAUUCAACCUACAGUAUAGUACUUCUAAUUGGUAAACUGUGUUGAUCUUUUGUAUUACUACUGUAUAACGAUGUCACUUGUGGAAAAUUAUCCCACCGGUAUUGCGAUAAUAUAUUUGCAAGACAUAUUUAAUAUAUACUCCUUUCACAUUAAAUAUCGUGUUAAUAGCAAACAAAGCGUGAAUAGUUUGGUGCCAUAUGUACCUGCUAUACCUCACUUGCAUCUUCAUCCUACAUAACAUAAUAUCCGCUGCUAUUAAGAUUUGAGUGGUAAUUGUUUACAUGCACUAUUAAAGUGCGGCGAUAACCCUAUGCCUAAUUCAAGCCUACAGAAUGUUUCAACUCUCUUAUUGUUAAAGCCUCAUUAUUCCGUAGUGGCAAGACCGGUUUAGCAGUGCAGUACAAUGGUUGGUUGGUUGGUUUUAUCGAUAUACAGGCAGUCCGAAAUAGUGUUAAAUGGCAAUAUUACUGGAAAAUUAGGUUGUGCGCCUUCUCAGUCAUGCAUACAAUUAAGGUGUGAGACAAAAAUCAAUACAGUAUUUGCAUGUGCAUUUUUACAUGGGUUGUAUUCUCUUGUCAGACAGCGCUACCUUAUGCGGUCGAGAUGCUGAUUGCCCCAUGGGAGAAUACCAUUAUGUAUUCACCCUGCCAUACAGAAAGGCCAGAGCGAAUUACCCGCUCUAUCAUGUUACUGAGCUUUGAUUGCAAAGACAGACCUUAACAUUAUGUAUGUACAUAAAAAGAGCAUGGUCGAACGCUGCUCUUUAAUAGUGGGACAUGAGCGAUAAAGAACGAAAUUAUUAGUGAUCAUUUAUAAUAUGUCUAUGACUACAGCUUUUUUUUGAGUGGCAUAUGUGGCCAAACAAUUAUUUAAUAUUGGUUAGGUAAACUGCAUUUGCGGUAAUAAUUUCUCCUCGAAAAAUUUUCAUAGUUUGCCUGAUUUUUGGUACUAAAACCAUUUUAAACUAAUUCACAAAAAAUGUAUUUUGUCGACUAUUGGGAGAUAUUUUUGUUUCCUAUAUUAAAUCCGAGCCUCUGGUCUCAUAGAAUUAUGGAGAGAAUUACAUGUACCUCGAAGUAACAUCAAACACUGAAUUACAUUUCAAACUUGAAAUGAAUUCGAUAGCAAAAUUUGCCUAGUCAAAAGACCGCUGUACAGUGUUCGUGUUUUUCAUUACAUAACGGCAAGGCUAAUUUCCUGCUUUUCAUAUCAAUUUAAGGGGAGACGUCACAUGCGACUGAUUUGGUUGGUAUCAAGUCUUUUUUUCUCUACGAGUACUCUUCAAAAAAUUCCAAUAUUUAUGAUGUAAUACAUGUACCUUUUCUACGGGAAAAGAUUGUAAAAUAUAGAAUUAAUAUAAGAAGCGGCGAAAUCAGUGACAUGACUUUUGCUCAAACACUAUAAUAUUCGGUAAAUAGUCAGGUCUUUUGAAUGCGCAUCAUUUGCUCCCUCUUAUUUAGUUCUUUUUGUGGAUCUGAUACAGUAUUCAUGACAGAUUUAUCAAAGUUAUCCUAUAUCUAAACAAAUAGGACCGAGCUGUAAUUCACUAAGAGAUCAUUAUAAAAAUGUACUAUACUGGCUUUUAAUUUGUAAAAGUCAUUCUCUAAUGGCACUGUAUUGAUUGGAAAUGCAACUGGAAAACGCUUUGUUAUUACGUAAAUGAGUAUAAGUAGCAGGCCUACUUCCAAGUGAUCAAACGCAAAAAAUUAUUAAACCGAAUAUCACUAAAAUCGAUA